AGAAAAACAGCCCAAGAAUAAGGUCACAAUCUUGCAGCUUAUAAAAGGCAUCUCAUAGGACUUCAACCUCACCAAAGUCAUAUCCUAUUGCAUCACUCUCCUUCAAACAUAGUCAGAGAAAACAGCAAAACUCUUUUCUAAAAAAACCAGAGAGAGAGACAAAGAGAGAAAGAAUGGAUCAAAUGGUGCUAGGCUCGCAAGUGUACCCCUACACGGUCCAAACCCAACAUUCACAGUGCAUCAUCGUUAACCAAAUCGAUGGAUCAUCACCAGCCGAAGAAUCUAAACCGGUGAAACGGCGGAGGAAGAGGAAGAGCAAAGGGUCGUCGGCCACAAACGAAGAUGAUGUGGCGAUGAUCGGAGGGAUGUUCAGGAAGAGGAAAUUGACCGAUGAGCAAGUGAAUAUGCUCGAAUAUAGCUUCGAGAACGAGCACAAGCUUGAGUCAGGGAGGAAAGAGAAGAUCGCCGGAGAGUUGGGUCUUGACCCGAGACAGGUGGCAGUUUGGUUCCAAAACCGCCGUGCACGAUGGAAGAACAAGAAACUCGAGGAAGAAUACGCCAAACUCAAAAGCCAACACGACACCGUUGUCCUCGGCCAAUGUCAGCUUGAGUCUCAGGUAUUAAAACUGACAGAUCAAUUGAGUGAGGCUCAAAAUGAAAUUCGAAAACUUUCGGGACGACUCGAAGAAUUGUCAACAAACAGUUCAAGUUCAUCACUCUCCGUUGAAGCCAACGAUGCACCGAUUGAUUUCGAGUUUGCCCCGGAAACUAAUUACAAUAUCCCAUUUUACAUGUCAGAUAAUAAUUACUUACAAAACAUGGAGUAUUGGGAUGUUUGUAUGUAUAAUUAAUUUUAACAACUUCAUAGUUGGAGUUUUAAUUAUGGAUGAAAGACAUGUUAUUAUGGAUGUAGAAAUAGAUGCUGGAUAAAAUUGUUGUAAAUGUAGUCUUUAUAAAUAUUUCUUUUAAUAUAUUACUUGGGUUUUCACAUUUUGUUUUCCUUGUUCCAUAAAUAAAAAAUGACGAUUACUAUAUCUAUCA